UUUUCGAGUAGCGUUAAUAUUUAAUCUGAAUAAAUUUUUAAUUUUGUAUUUCAUUAUAUUUCUAUACCAAUUUUAAAAAAAAAUGAUAAUCUUUAGUAUUAUAUCAUGUCUAUUUUUUAACUUGUCAACAGUAAGUACAUCCGUCAAAGAACGUCAUUGUAAUUUUUCAAGAUACAUGUUGAAUUACUUCAGUUUCAGUCAACAAUAUUUGUUACGUCUUAAUGAAAGUCUAGAUAAAAUUUCUGAAGAAGAUUUCAAAAAAUAUGGAGAAGCAAUACAGACUCACAGUGAUGUCAUACUAUUGAUGAUUACUGAAUUGCAUUGUACGGAAAGUCAUUACUUUCCGAGAGAUUUGAUGGUAGUAAAUUUAUAUCUAAAUAACGUAUCAGGGUCAGUUAAUUUAAUUUCUAGAAACCUUUCUAUUAAAAAUACAAAAGAAAAUAAGAAAUUGCUAUUACUGAAAGGAUAUCAGAUGAUUCAUGAACAUAUUUCGAAAGAAUUAUUUGAAUAUAUAUAUACUGAAUGCAUUGAAGAAGUGAUGUUACUAUUUGUAGACUAUCCAAAAAUCAUGUAUGAACAUAGCAAAUUAAAUAUUGAACAAUUAGUUUUCGUAACAAAGGAUCUUAGGAAUAAAAUCAUUAAAGAAUUAAACACUAACUUAUGUACAGAUUCCUCUACACAAUUAUUUAGUCCGAAAAAUGUUAUAUUUUUUGAUUUAUUCACACACCAGCCUAUUGAAAAUGAAAAAAAUUUCAUGAAUGGUUCUCAAAGAAGACAAAUUAAAUCAGACAUAAAAAAUGAUUACUUAGAUCUUCUCCGUUUUACUCCUUUAAAUAUACAAUGUGCAGACGGUAGUGAUAUUACAUUAUCAGAUGUAUUCCGAUUCAUAAAGUUCAAUUUUAAUCAUCGUCAUGUAGAAUCAUUUCAAAAACUAGUUAGAUUAUCUACUUUCUAUCCUGUUUACGUGUUAUUAAGUAAAUACAUAAACUUUAUUAAUAAUCUUAUGAACUCUAAUUUAAAUGCAAAUUAUUAUAAAUAUUAUAUUCGCCAACAUAUUAUAAAAUUAGCCGAGACAUUAAUAGAAUAUCUAAUUAAUAUAAAGGAUCUAAAUAUUUUAAAUAGUACAACUACUAAUUCAGUCAAAAUUUGUAUAAAUAGAUUAAAGACACUUUCAAUAAAACUUUAUAAUUGGCCAAUUAAAAAUAAAAUUUUGAUGGUCAAUAUUCUUAAUUCAAUAAAUAAUUUGUUGUUUAAUAAAUGUAUAAAGUGUGAAAUGGAAUCGAAUAUUACAAUUACACACGACAAUAUUUAUGAUAACUACAAAAAUAUAAUAAAAUAUAGUAAGCAAGUAAAAGACUACAUUACAAAUCUAGAAAAAUACAAGGAUUUGUUUGUAUCACAACUAAGUUUGCAUAAAGAAAUGAAACACAGCACUAAUUUACAACAAAUAAAUUACUUAACCGAUGAGGUUGUUAAAAAUUUAUGCAAAGAUGAUUUAUAUAAAACUUUAAAUAGAACAUACGAUUUGGACAAAAUUGAAGAUGACUUGGUAAAUGAUGUUCAGUUUGCAGAUCUUGGAUUUGUAAAAAUUGAAACAUCCCUAUCUAGUAUUCAAAACGAAGCAAGUAUUGAUAGUAAUGAGACCCAAUUGGAAAUUGAAACAACAGAUUCGUCAAAAUAUAGCCCAUGCUACAUGGUUGAUUAUUUAAUGUAUAAUUAGUUAUUAUUAUUAAAAAAAAUCAAUAAAGCAUGAAAAAAAUUGAAAA